CAUCGGGCGGCACGGUGGGCGCCGAUGGGAGAUGUAGUCUGCGCGGCUGCGCGCCCUGAGGCGUCGGUGCUGGCCUCUGCCCGCCGACUGGCCUCCUGUCAAAGAGCAGGUGCCUCUGAGAUGAAAUACUGAUGUACUGACUCAGGUUUGUUUGAAAUGGUGAAGAUGUCAUCUGGCCUUACAGAGGAGCAAAAGAGAAGAAUUGAAGAGAACCGCCAAAAAGCUUUGGCUAGGAGAGCAGAGAGGCUAGCAGCCCAGCAAGGUGGGCAACUGGGGAUCACUGGGCCUCAGGUAGAAGAACAGAAUCCAGACAAUCGAGGAAGCUUGAAGCAAGAUAACAAUCAUGUCAGGUUCAUUAGCCUGCCCCAACAGAAUCCAGACACUCCUGCGGAGCAGAAGAGCUAUCUUCAGAAAGAUUAUAAUAAUUACACUGCAAGCCAACAGAUGGCUGGUUCACAGGGAGAGCAACAAAAGAAUUGUUCAGAGGACUCAAAACAAGCAAGUGGCAUUAAGCAGUUCCCUACGUCGAUCCCAAAUUCUCCGAGUUAUUCCCAUCAACAUUACUCAGAUGGACAAUAUGGACAACAAGCUUUAAUUAAUCCUGGUACAUUCCAGCGGCCCAAGUGUUACCCAGCUUUCAAAAACCCUACAGAAACAUCUCACCCUAAUUUAACUGGUAACAGGAACUCUGAUGGUAUUAAAGAUUUACAAAGUCAGAGCAAAUCUGCUAUAAAAUAUGCUUCAUCACCAAGCAGCACCACUCUGAGUUCUUCAGAAAUGGUGAUAAAUAUAAACAGACCAGAAACAGAAAGACAGGGGGGAAGUGGUGCCUUUCCAAGCAGUGGUAAGAUGCAGAAGCUGACCAGCCCUGCUGUUGCAGACUCUAUCAAAGCUGCCUCUUGCAAGAAAGCAAAUCCUGUCACAAAAGGAAAAUGUGUGAAAUAUGGGGAAGACCGUUUCCAGGUUGAAGUAGGGUAUAAUGCUGAACUUAUUGCUUUGUUUAAGAAGAUACCAACCAGAAAAUAUGAUCCUACUAUGAAAAAAUGGAAUUUCAGCCUAGAAGAUUACAGCAGUUUCAUGGAAGCAGCAAGUCAACUUUCCUCUGUGAUUCUGGCACCACUGGAAGGAGAAAAUGCAGUAGAGUUGUCAUCAGGCCCUCAUUUCAGCAGCAGUGGGGUUGAUAUGGUAUCCCUCUUGAACAUGUGCAAGAGCUGGAAGAAACCCUCAGCCCACGUCAAAGGGAAGUGUGCGCUGAUCUCUCGCUCUCGGUUUGAGGUUGAUAUUGGGUAUUCUGCAGAAGUGGUUGGAGUGUUCAAACAGAUGAAUUCCAGAAAUUAUGAUAUGAAGACCAGAAAGUGGAAUUUCUUACUGGAGGACUAUCCCAAACUGAUGAAAGUGUUCCAGAACCUUGUGUCUGUAGAAGUGGAGCCACUUCCUGGGACAGUCAUACAAGCCUUUGCUGCUCAAAUACAGAAUUCUACAUCACAGAAGAUGGAUUUUCCUGAUGCUGACCUUUCAGUAGUGGACUCUGAAAUUGUGACAAGCCUCAUGCCUUUUCAGAGGGAAGGUGUGAAUUUUGCAGUUUUAAGAAAUGGCCGUUUACUUCUUGCGGAUGACAUGGGCUUGGGCAAGACUGUUCAGGCAAUCUGCAUCGCUGCCUACUACCGAAAGGAAUGGCCCUUGCUGGUGGUGACUCCCUCUUCUGUGAGGUUCACGUGGGCAGAGGCGUUUCACAGGUGGCUUCCAUCGUUAAGACCAGGAAGCACUAAUGUUAUAGUGACUGGCAAAGACAGCCUAACAGCAAGUUUGAUUAACAUCAUCAGCUUUGACCUCCUCAGCAAAAUGGACAAGCAACUCAAGAGCACUUUCCAAGUAGUUAUUAUUGAUGAAUCUCAUUACCUAAAGAACAUAAAAACUGCGAGAUGCCGAGCUGCCAUGGCUCUCCUUAAGGCUGCGAGGAGAGUGAUCUUACUUUCAGGAACCCCUGCCAUGUCGCGGCCUGCAGAGCUCUACACACAGAUUGCAGCUGUCCAGCCGGGUUUCUUUCCACAGUUCCACACCUUUGGGCUCCGCUACUGUGAUGCAAAGAAGACGCCGUGGGGUUGGGACUACUCUGGAUCAUCCAACUUAGCUGAACUGAAAAUUUUGCUGGAAGAGUCCAUCAUGAUCCGACGUCUUAAAUCAGAUGUGCUAUCCCAGCUUCCAGCAAAGCAACGCAAAAUGGUUGUGGUAGCUCCUGAAGGCAUUAAUGCAAAGACCAAAGCUAUGUUGGCAGCUGAAGCUAAGAAAAUGGCCAAAGGAUAUGAAAGUAAACAACAGGAGAAGGAAGCUCUUCUCCUUUUCUACAACAGAACAGCAGAAGCUAAAAUCCACUCAGUCAUAGAAUACAUCUUGGAGUUACUAGAAAGUGGGAAAGAUAAAUUCCUGGUGUUUGCUCAUCAUAAAGUAAUGCUGGAUGCAAUAGUUGAAGAGCUGGAGAAUAAACAUUUCGACUACAUCCGCAUUGAUGGCUCUACACCGUCAGCUGAACGGCAGUCUUUGUGCCAGAAGUUCCAGUUCUCAGAGAAACAAGCUGUGGCCAUUCUGUCCCUCACUGCUGCAAACAUGGGCCUGACACUGUCUGCUGCAGACCUGGUGGUGUUUGCAGAGCUCUUCUGGAAUCCAGGGGUACAAAUCCUGGAGGGGAUGGGUGCUGGAUGCUGCCUGGAGAGCUCUUGGGGAGGAGAUGUUUUGAUCCAAGCAGAAGACCGGGCGCAUCGAAUUGGACAGACCAGCUCUGUUAAUGUCCACUACUUGGUGGCUAGAGGCACAGCAGAUGACUUCUUAUGGCCAAUGAUUCAAGAGAAAAUAAAAGUGCUGGGAGAAGCAGGGCUUUCAGAAACCAAUUUCUCCAAUACAGCUGAAUCUACUAAUUACUAUCCUAAGCCGGAUCCAAAGCAGAAGACCAUUUACGAACUUUUCCAGAGGACCUUCUCUGACAGCAAAGAUGAUACUGAUGUUGCACUUUUGGAAGCAGCUGAUGCUUGUUGUGAGUUUGACUCUGACAGUGCUUUUCAAGAUGCAGAAGAGAGGUGUUCAGUGAGUUCCCUCAAAAAGCGGCGUACUGAGGAGUUUAUUAAAGAGUAACACAGCAGAAGUGGCUGACGUAUAUUUUUAAUUAAAAAAAAAUCAGGUAUUGUUUUUGAGUUUUCAGAAAUAAAAUACUUCAAAUUUUCUGUAUCUGUAGUGCAUUUCAUCUCGAAGGAUGACAGCAUGACAGAUGAGCACUGCACACUUGGCAGCCUGCUGGUCUUGCAGUCUUGCCUUUGCUGAUGACUGAGUGGACAUGGGAAGGUAGCAUGCUGCUUUGUUUUGGCAACUCAGCUUCCACAGUUGUUUUAUUUAUAAAACAGAUAACUCCUGUCUGUCCACAUAGAAGAGCUCUUCUGAGAAUUAGUGUAUCAGCAACUGCAGAGUGCUUUCAACAGUCAUCUCCAAAAAGCUUAGCGUGUAUUAUGAGGAGUUGGUUCACAGGCAGAAUUUUGUUCUUAUGUGAGUCGUGCACAAACUAGCUCUCAUAUUCAGUUUGGCAGAGAGUAGAAAAGAAAUAGGGAUACACACAGCAGUUCUUGAUAUUUUCUGCAGGUGAGCAAGAGGAAGGAGAGCCCCAGAAAUUUUGGCAAUACCUUGAAACCAGGCACUGUUAACGGCCUACUAGCAAGCGUGUUGCCUGUUAGGCACAUAUUUGCCUGAGCAUGUUUGUCUCUGGCCUCAUCCUCCAAAUCUUAGGACCCGCUCCACAGCACUUGCUUGUCUCAGUGAAGGGUGAAGCCUGUGCUUACUGACAGAGAUUAAGCUUGGCUACUUGGGAAGGAGUGUGUGUGCAUGUGUGUUUUCUUUUAGGCUCAAGACUUAAUUCCACAGAUGAGAGUGAGGAGAGGGGAUCAUGAUGGAACUGUUCAAUUUUUUGUAGGAAGUUGAUUCUGGAUUGAGUAACUUAAAUAAAAAGUUGUUUUAACUCACA